AUGGCACAAACUCCAUCCAAAGCUUGCUGUAACACUCCGCCAGUGGUCAGCAAGGGCUAUCAAGAGAAAGGCAAAUGGACACAAGUCGACAACUUGAAGACCUACGUAACAGGUCCAGAUGAUGCGACAGCCGGCAUCUUUGUGGUCUACGACAUCUUUGGCUUCUUUCCACAAACCUUGCAAGGUGCCGACAUUCUUUCUGGUCAGCAUCACAGCGAACAGACUCGGAAGUUCAAGAUCUUCAUGCCCGACCUCUUCGAGGGAAAACCAGCCGAUAUCUCAUGGUACCCACCUGACACAGAUGAGAAGGGUAAGAAGCUCGGUGAGUUCUUUAGCGGGCAAGCCGAGCCAAGCAAGAACGUCGCCAGGAUCGACAAAUGCAUGAAGGAGCUGAAAGACUCGAAUCCUAACAUUAGGAACUGGGGUGUGCUCGGGUACUGCUGGGGUGGCAAGAUCGUCAACCUUGUCUCCAAGCAAGGCACAAUCUUCAGCGUUGCUGCCAAUGCGCAUCCAGCUAUGGUAGAUCCCGGCGAUGCUCCUGCAAUCACAAUUCCGAUCCUCUCAAUACCCUCCAAAGGAGAAGAUAAAGAUGCUGUUGAAAAGUGGCAGAAAGGUCUCAAGGUCAAGAACGAUGUCCAGUGGUUUGAUGACCAGAUUCAUGGCUUCUUGGCUGCACGUGGUGAUUUGGAGCAGGAGAGCGUCAAGACUGCCUACGAGAAAGGUUACAGUCUCUUGAGUAACUGGUUCUCAGAGAACCUAGGUAGUCAGUCGAAGCUGUGA